AUGUCGUCCAACAGAUCAAAAAAGCUUCUAAAAACCAUUUUCAAGGCCAAUGGGGGUAAUUGUGGCUGCGGAAAACCAAAACUCUCCGACGUAUUUGAGCCAACCCCGAAACCCAAAACCUCAAUUCACCAAAACCCUACAGAUCUCCCGGCGGACUCCUCCUCAUCGAGCUCCUGCCUAGGAAGAAACGACGGCAUUUCAACGACCGACGACACCGCCACCGAAUUAUCAAUAUCCUCAUCGAUGACGCCUCAUUCUCUUCCUUCUUCGGACGUCGCACUCGAGAAGAAGAUUCCGAACAAGAAAAGCAUUAACGACAGUUGCAUCGCCGUCGUAAAGGACUCCGACGACCCUUUCGAGGAUUUCAAGCAGUCGAUGAAGCAGAUGAUUUUUGAGAAAGAGAUUUACGCUAAGAAAGAUCUUCAGGAGCUUUUGAGGUGCUUUCUCGAACUGAAUUCUCCUUCUCACAGGGAGAUUAUCGUCCGCGCCUUCACGGAGAUCUGGAACGACGUCGUUUCGAAGAGGCUGUCGAAGAAAAGUACCGGUGAUCAUGAUCAUGAGAGUUUAGAUUGUCGUUGUAGUACACGUGCGAAGGCCAUGUGA